AUGGCUGAAUUAAUAAGCUUUAAAGAUGUUUUUGAAAUUGAUAAAGAAAAAUUAUCUUUUAUAACUGAGGAUGAUAUGAGAUUUGCUUGGCAUUAUAUAACUUUAUUUUAUGAUAACAAACCUUGUUCUUUGGAUGAUUUUAAAUUAUACGAUGACGACAAUAGUUAUGAAUAUCCUAAAAUUAAAAACGAUAAUGGAACAGAAUCUUUUUUAUUUAAAACAAAGUCGAAUCUUUAUUUUAAAAAUGAUUUAAUUUGCCAACUUUUUUACAAUGAAUACAAAUUAACUGAUUUUCGUAAAAAUGGAAAAAUAUCUUAUACGAUUAAUAUUGAUAAAAAUCUGUUGUUUAAUGAUAACAGGGUUGAAGAAAUCGAAGUAGAAAAUGAUAGUAUUAGAGAUUAUUACAAGUUAAAAGAUAAUAUUGGUCACUAUUUUAUUUUAUAUAGUAAUAGUGUAAUUAAACAUAUCGGCACAUAUAAUUAUUUUGAUUAUUAUGAUGUAGAAGAUAAUAUUUCUGAAAAAAAUUUUAUUAAAAAUGGUAAAUCUAUCGAGUUUUUAUUUAAUGAAAAUAUCUUAGAAAAACCAACAAUUUGUUCAGAAUGUAAUAAAACGAAUUUUUCUCUUGAAGAUAAAAGAUUUUGA